GACGCAAUUUCAUUACUUAUCUUGUAGAGAAUGACUUUGCCUCCGAAAUAAGAGUAGUGGAUAAAGUAUUACUUAUAACAGCUGCCCUCAAUCCAAAGCAAAGGGAAGCCUUUUCCAAGGUUGAGGUUUGGCAAAAGGACCUUGUCGAUCGUGAGGACGGAAGUUCAUAUGAUUAUGUCUUCAAUUUAGCAGCCGAAACAAAGUAUUCACAAAUCGAAAAGGUUUACGAAGAGCGUGUCUACACUCUAUCCGUUCGAAAUGCAGAGGAAGCUGCUCGAAGAAAUGUCAAGGUAUAUGUGGAAGUUUCGACUGCGGAAAUAUACCAAUCAGAUAAAGUAAGUAAUUUAUUUGAAUAUUUAGGAGUUAAGGCAUUGGCUAAAAUUGAUCUUUAUGAUAAGAAUCCCAGUAAAGAAGAUGAUAAGGCUAAACCAUGGACGAUUAACGACAAGCACAUGGGUCCUUGGACGACAUUCAUAAGGGACAGUAAAAAAAUUAAGAACACGCCGUUGACACCCUAUGUUGACAAGGAACUCCUUUGUAACAACCCUCUGUCCGUCGAUGGAACAAAGAUUACCGUAGAGACUGGUUUCCAAUAUGAAGUUCCAGAAGUUACAGACGAAAAACUCGUGGAGAUGAUUGAAGAUUUUAAAGUUAUAGGAUGGUGGCCGAAAGAGCCAGAAGAAUAUGUUUAA